CCAUCCUGGUGGGAUCAGACCAUUGAACGCUAUAUGUUGACAGGCGACCUUACAUGCAGGGUCGGGGUGUGAUUUUUGGACAAAUCAAGCACCUAAAAUAACAUUUCCAUCAUGGCGACGACUGCAAUGAGAUCGCUGCUGAGGCAAAGGGUCCCACUCCCAGUAGGCCGCAUGUGCUACUCCUCCUCACAGCCCACCACCAAGCUGUUCAUUGAUGGCAAGUUUGUUGAAUCCAAGAGUUCAGAAUGGCUGGAUAUUCACAAUCCUGCUACCAAUGAGGUGAUCUCCCGUGUACCCAAGGCCACCAAGGAGGAGAUGUUGGCCGCCGUGGACUCCUGCUCCAGGGCCUUCCACUCCUGGUCUGAGACCUCUAUCUUGACUCGGCAGCAGAUCUUUCUGCGCUAUCAGCAGCUUAUCAAGGACAACAUUAAAGAACUUGCCAAGUCAAUCACCUUGGAACAGGGCAAGACCCUUGCAGAUGCAGAAGGGGAUGUGUUUAGAGGAUUGCAGGUGGUGGAGCACACCUGCAGCAUCACCUCUCUGAUGCUUGGUGAGACCCUGCCCUCCAUCACCAAGGACAUGGACACCUACACUUACCGCCUGCCCAUCGGGGUGUGCGCUGGCAUCGCUCCCUUCAACUUCCCUGCCAUGAUCCCUCUGUGGAUGUUCCCUAUGGGCAUGGUGUGCGGCAACACCUACCUCCUGAAGCCAUCAGAGCGGGUGCCGACCUGCGCCAUGCUGCUGGCCAAGAUGUUGCAGGAUGCCGGCGCUCCAGACGGGACACUCAACAUCAUCCACGGCCAACACGAUGCUGUGAAUUUCAUCUGUGAUCAUCCAGCCAUCAAGGCGAUCAGCUUUGUGGGCUCAAAUCAAGCUGGAGAGUAUAUCUAUGAGAGAGGCUCCAAAAAUGGCAAGAGGGUCCAGUCUAAUAUGGGAGCCAAGAACCAUGGUGUGGUGAUGCCCGAUGCCAACAAGGAGAACACUCUGAAUCAGCUUGUGGGCGCGGCUUUCGGGGCAGCAGGGCAGCGCUGCAUGGCGCUCUCCACAGCUAUCCUUGUGGGCGAGGCACGCAGCUGGCUGCCAGAGCUGGUGGAGCGUGCAAAGGCCCUGCGCGUGAAUGCAGGGGACCAGCCUGGUGCAGAUGUGGGGCCUCUGAUCUCUCCCCAGGCGAAAGAGAGAGUCAACAGCCUGAUCCAGAGUGGAUUGGACGAGGGAGCAAAGAUUCUUCUGGAUGGCAGAAACGUCAAAGUUAAGGGUUAUGAGAGCGGCAACUUUGUUGGACCCACCAUCAUCAGCGGUGUCACACCCCAGAUGAAGUGCUACACUGAGGAGAUCUUCGGGCCUGUGUUGGUUGUUCUUGAGGCAGACUCUCUAGAUGAUGCCAUCAGCUUGGUCAACAGGAACCCCUAUGGCAACGGCACAGCUAUCUUCACCACAAAUGGCGCCACUGCACGCAAAUACACUCAUGAGGUGGACGUGGGCCAGAUUGGAGUCAAUGUUCCCAUCCCUGUUCCACUACCCAUGUUCUCCUUCACUGGAUCAAGAGGUUCCUUUAGGGGUGACACCAACUUCUAUGGAAAGCAGGGUAUCCAGUUUUACACACAGAUCAAAACUGUAACUUCACAGUGGAAAGCUGAAGAUGCCACCUUGAAAAGUCCUGCAGUUACCAUGCCUACCAUGGGACGCUAACUGCAAAUUUAAAGCACACCAUGUUUUGUGAAUUGAAAAACUCUACUCUACUACUGUUCAAUCCAAUCAGCCCAAAAGGCUUAGAUGCACUUAUUCUUCACAAACAAAACGGCCUUAAUGUUGAGAAAUUUAUAUUCUCAACAGUAGAUUGAAAGUCAGCCAUCACAAAUGUGUAGAUUAAUAAAUAAGUUUCCCUCUAUGCAGAUUUUAUAUUAGUUAUGUGUAUAUAAAGCUAGGACUGCUCUGUAAACAAACCAUUGUCAUGUAUAGAGAUUUAAUAAUGCAAAGGACCUGUACAACUGAAGCAAUGCAAUAUGCUAACAAGGCUAGAAUGGCUUGUUUUCUCCUCUUGCCACAUCAGCACAUAAGCCCAAUGCACCCACAAUGUAUAUAAUCCCUACCAGUUAAACCUUUGAUUAAUGUAUGUUGCCAUGGACACUCUGCAUUCUGUUCCAUACAUGUGUUUUAUGGUACAGCAUCAGGACUUUGUGUCCAAAAAGGCAGCAUUUGAAUAAAGCUCUAUUUGUUAAAACUGG